AUGGGUUCAAACUUUCUUGGACGGUUGGAUCCACACGGCCUACUUCGGGCCCGAUCUCAAUCACCAUGUAAUCUUCUUCACGGCCCAAAAACUCAACAGCCCGAUCCAAGGAGAAAUGCACAUUUGAUGAAACACUCGUUCUACAAAGCGGACAGUUUGCAUUGUUCUGAAGCCAAACACUCUUCCUUUUGCCGAUUUUUGAACUCAAAGAUUGGGAUUGAGCGGAUUGUGGCCUCGUCCAGCCCUCGGCCCUCGACAGCUGAUGGAGAACUUAAAAUGCGUAAAUGGUGCCAGCUCAGACAGGACUUGAUCACGAAUAUGUAG